AUGUCUCCUCCUCUUCCUCCUCCUCUUUCGCCUUCUUCUUCUUCUUCGUCUUCUCUUUUCUUCUUCGCCGCCUCCUGUUCCAUCUCCUCUUUCUUCGUCUUCACCUCCUUCUUUCUUCUUCUUCGCCUCCUCCUUUUCUUCGCCUCCACCUCCUUCCUCCUCCUUCCUCGUAUCCUUCUUCUUCGUUUCCUCCUUCUUCGCCUGCUCCUCCUUCUUUCAUCUUCGCCCCUUUCUUCUUCGCCCCUUUCUUCUUCUUCGCCCCUUUCUUCUUCUUCGCCUACUCCUUCUUCUUCUUUGUCUUCUUCUUCUACAACAAAUCAUGCAAGAAUAUUUUCAUCUGACGUAUUUUCUGAAUAUUGUUUUUUCUCAUCUUUUUCUCUCCCUCUUUCUUUAUUUCUCUUGUUUAUUUUCUUAACCCGCUUGGUACCCCAUCUCGCGCCUCAAACUAUUAAUUGUAUAUCGCCCUCGUCUUCUUCCCCAUCUUUAACAGACAUCUUCUUGAUUUCAACCUCCAUCAUCUUCCUCAAACCACUCCCUCCUCCUCCUCCUGCUUCUUCUUCUUCUUCUUCUUCUACCAAUGAUGCAAGAACAUUAACAUCUAACGUGUUUUUCUCCUCUUUCUUUCACUCUCACUCUCCCCCCUCUCUCUCUUUCUUUAUUUUUUUCUUCCCAUUGUAUCUUUGUCCUCGUUUCUCGUACGUCUACAUUUUUUUGCGUUCUUUCCAGACUCAGAACCAUCGCUUUCCGUCUUUUCCUCCAUCAUUUCAAUCCUAUAUGUUUUCAUUUUCUCUGAUACGCCUCUACAUCCUAAUUAUACAUCCUCCUCCUCCUCUUCUCUUAGGUCUCCUUAAAUCUGGCUUCACUCUCCUCCUCCUCCUUCUUCUUCUUCUUCUUCUUCUUCUUCUUCUUCGUCGCUUGUCUUUCUGA